AUGUCUCAAUCUCUGCGCCCAUAUUUGACUGCUGUUCGUUAUUCUCUACAAGCUGCCUUAAACUUGUCCAAUUUUUCUUCGCAAGAAGUUGAAAGACAUAAUAGACCAGAAAUAGAAGUCCCACAUCCAAGUGCGGAAUUGCUAUUGCAGCCCAUGUACAUAUCACGUAAUGAACAUGAGCAAGUGUUAAUUGAACCAAGUGUUAAUAGUGUUCGUGUUAGUAUUAAAGUUAAGCAGGCUGAUGAAAUUGAAACAAUCUUGGUUCAUAAGUUUACGAGAUUUUUGGAACAACGUGCAGAAAACUUUUACAUAUUAAGAAGAGUGCCAAUAAAUAAUGAUUACAGCAUUUCAUUUUUAAUUACUAAUAAACAUACUGAAUCUAUGAAAACCAACAAGUUGGUUGACUUUAUUAUUGAGUUUAUGGAAGAUGUAGAUAAGGAGAUUAGUGAGAUGAAAUUAUUUUUAAAUGCAAGAGCAAGAUUUGUGGCUGAAGCUUAUUUAAGUGAGUUUGUUUAUUAG